AUGACGCCCGCGGGGCCCUCGCAGGGGCGCCAGAACUACCACCCCGACUGCCAGGCCGCCACCAACAGCCCCGUCACCCUGGAGCUCCACGCCUCCUACGUGUGCCUGGCCAUGGCCUUCUACCUCGACCGCGACGACGUGGCCUUGAAGCACUUGGCCCGCUUCUUCCUGCAGCGCUCGCGGCACCUGGGGGAACGGGCCGAGAGCCUGAUGCGCCUGCAGAACCAGCGCGGGGGCCGCCUCUGCUUCCACGACAUCAGGGAGCCACGCGAUGCCUGGGAGAGCGGCCUCCGGGCCAUGCAGUGCGCCUUGCGCCUAGAGAAGCGCGUCAACCAGAGCCUGCUCCACCUGCACCAGCUGGCCAGCAACAAGAGUGACGCCCACCUGUGCCACUUCCUGCAGAGCCACUGCCUGAACCAGCAGGUCGAGUUCAUCAAGGAGCUGGGGGACCACAUCACCACCCUGCGCAAGAUGGGGACCCCGGAAGUCGGCAUGGUGGAGUACCUCUUCAACAAGCUCACCCUGGGCGACAGCGACAAGAACUGAGCCUGGACUGGAGUUCCCCGUGGUCACGGGGUGACUUC